UUACAAACAAUGUCUAGUUCAAAUCUUCGUUUAGCAUGCGUGAUGGUUGGUUUACCUGCAAGAGGGAAGACCUUCACUUCGCAAAAAGUCUGCAGGUACCUUACCUGGCUUGGUAUUUCAACCAAGGUGUUUAAUGUGAGCAAUUAUCGCCGUCAGUUUUAUGGUGCCCAACAAGAUCAUACAUUUUUUGAUCCCAAUAAUGAAACGGGCUUGAAACAGAGAAAAGAAGCAGCUUGCACAGCUCUUGAUGACAUGAUUCGGUGGUUUAAAGAAGAACAAGGAAUUGUUGGUAUUUAUGACGCUACCAACUACACUAAAGAGCGAAGAAAAUGGGUACACGAAAAGCUGAGUAAAGAAAACAUCCAGGUGUUUUUCAUUGAAUCUAUUUGUCAAGACGAGUCUCUCAUACUCGACAAUAUCAAAGAGGUCAAACUCAGCUCACCCGAUUAUGCAGAUGCAGAUCCAGACCAAGCGGUUCAAGACUUCAAGGCAAGAAUCGAUCACUACAAAGACCAAUACGAAACAGUUACUGAAAGCGAAUACACGUAUAUUAAACUCGUCAAUGUUGGAAGUCAGGUGAUUAUUAACAUGAUUCGCGGUUAUCUUGAGUCUCGUAUUGUGUACUACUUGAUGAAUUUACACACGGCUCCCCGAAAGAUCUAUAUGAGUCGUCAUGGUGAGUCUAUGUUUAAUUUGGAGGGCAAGAUUGGUGGCGAUUCGCCAUUAUCGCCUCGAGGUAUGCUGUAUGCAGAAAAGCUUCCCGAGUUGAUCAAGCAGAAUUUGGGCGAUAAGGAAUUAAUUAUUUGGACAUCUACUUUGCAGAGAACGAUACAGACAAGUUCGAAACUAAAUUACCCCAAAAUGAGUAGAAAAGCGUUAGAUGAAUUAGACGCUGGCAUGUGUGACGGUAUGACAUACGAAGAGAUAGAGGAGAAAUACCCAGAAGACUAUGCAAAUCGUGAUGAAGACAAGUUCAAUUAUCGUUAUCGUGGUGGAGAGUCUUAUAGAGAUGUUGUGUUAAGAUUAGAACCUGUAAUUAUGGACCUUGAACGACAAGGCAAUAUUCUUAUUAUCGGUCAUCAAGCUAUCCUGAGAUGUAUUUAUGCUUAUUUUAUGAACUAUAAUCAAGAAGACUUGCCAUAUAUCAAGAUCCCCUUGCAUACGGUGAUUGAAUUAACCCCCAAGGCUUAUGGGUGUGAAGAAAAGAAAUAUAAAGUCGAUAUUGAAGCAGUAGAUACACACAGACCUAAACCUACUAUCAAGAAAAAGGCGUCUAAACAAGAUACACUAAGGGGAGCAAGUGGAGAGAUAGCAAGUGAUGUUGGAACUCCUAUUUUACCCAUUAGCCCACAACUCUGGCCAUCUAGUACUACCAAAGCGUAAUUGACAGUGUGAGAAAUUAAAAUCAACGGCUCAAUUUUUGUCCGCCAAAUAAAUUAACUUGAACAAUGAAAGUUCAUUAAUAAGUGUUUACUUGACUGUAUAUCGAAAAGAAACAAGUCGUUUAUGCUUUGUUCUUCUGAUUGUUUUAAAAGAGCCUGUUUCAAC